UAUAAAUAUUCUAUGAAUUAAUUUGGAAUCAGUACUCGGUACUCUUUCCAUUAUAGUUUUGCGUCAAUGUUCGAAAAAGACUGAAGAGAUUGCUUUACUGGGACGCUCUCUGUGCAGAUUUAAGGAUCGUUAUGGAAACAUACGCUGAAAAAAAUUCCUCCACAUACCACAAUAAUGGAAACGCGGAGGUAAAACCUAUAGAUCAAAAUACGAGGCAGUACCAGCCUACACCGCGGUAUAAAUGGGUACUUGUGCCUAGAGCACUGUUUUGGAUGUUAUACCUACAUGUUGGCGGAUUAUAUGGUCUUUAUCUGCUUCUUUUUGUUGCUUCGCCGAAAACCUUGAUUUGGACGUAUCUCUGCGGAUAUUUGGGCCAAAUGGGAACCUGGUGCGGUGUUCACAGGCUAUGGUCGCACAGAUCGUACAAGGCGAAGCUACCUCUGAGAAUAAUGUUGAUGAUAUUUUUCGCAAUGUCCGAUCAAGGUGUUAUCCUAAAUUGGGCGAGAGACCAUAGAGGACAUCACAAAUUUGUGGACACUGACGCAGAUACUCACAACUCAAAACGGGGAUUUUUCUUUUCACAUAUGGGCUGGCUUUUUAUAAGAAAACAUCCAGAAGUCAGCGCCAAAGGAAAACUUAUUGAUAUGAGCGAUAUAGAAGCGGACACCGUGGCCGUUUUUCAAAGACAAUAUUAUAUACCACUCUUGCUGUUUUUUGCCUUCUGGUUGCCAGCAUUUGUACCGUACUAUUUUUGGAAUGAAAGUGGUUGGGUAGCCUGGCACACUGCAACAUUGUGUCGAUUAUUAUGUACCAUACAUGCCACAUUCUUCAUCAACAGCGCCGCGCAUAUGUGGGGAACAAGGCCCUAUGAUAAAACAAUUCGACCUACCGAAACGCUUUUUGUGUCUAUACUGACAAAUGGAGAAGGCUGGCACAACUACCAUCACGUAUUUCCAUGGGACUACAGAGCUGCGGAACUUGGCAAUCACGUUUUCAAUCACUCCAAGAUGUGGAUCGACUUUUUUUCGAGAAUCGGCUUGGCAUACGAGUUAAAAACUGCAUCUGAUGCCAUGAUCAGGAAGAGGGUGCUACGAACAGGAGAUGGCUCAAAGACGGCACACGAAUGCACCAUUACUGAUUUUUCUUCUGAGACGGACCAUUGCUGGGGUUGGGACGAUCCCGAUAUGAGAGUCGAGGACAUUGAGGGUGUAAAUGUUAUUAGGCCAUUGGUUGCAUAGUAAAUUAUAAAUGAUAAGCAUUGUUGGGUAAAUCCAAUUGUAUUAAUGUUAUGGGUCGGUUAUAGGAUUUAAAAUAGACUAAACUUACUUUUUCUAAUCUAUAGUAGAUCUAGAUAUUUCAAUAGUUAGUUGGUUUUAGUUUGCGGCAAUUUUUCGCAUCUACAUGAUAUGGGUUCAUGAAAUUGAUGACUUUCUGCAUAUAUUUAAAAUUAUGUAUUGGCUUCGGCGGUGAUGAAAUGCACUAUUAAUUGACACUAAUACAUGAUCGUUUGGUUUGGAUCA